AUGUCUUCCGGGGUUACUGUCGCUGAUGCAUGCAAAACUACUUUUGAAGAAAUCAAGAAAGACAAGAAGCAUCGUUACGUCAUCUACUUCAUCAAGGAUGAGAAGCAGAUCGAGGUGGAGUCCAUUGGUGACCGGGAACGUUCCUAUGAGGACUUCAUUACUGAUCUGCAAAAAGAAGGGCCGUCAGAAUGUCGUUACGGUGUGUUUGACUUCGAGUACACGCACCAGUGUCAAGGGACCACUGAGGCGUCGAAGAAACAAAAGCUGUUUCUGAUGUCUUGGUGUCCUGAUACCGCCAAGAUCAAGAAGAAGAUGUUGUAUUCGUCCUCUUUCGACGCCUUGAAGAAGUCUCUGGUUGGAAUCCAGAAGUAUAUACAGGCAACUGACCUAUCUGAAGCUUCGGAAUCUGCUGUGGAAGAGAAGCUCCGAGCAACCGAUAGGAACUGAGGAAUCUAAAUGACGGAAGUGACGGUGUGCACCUAAUGCCGCUUACAUCUGAAGGCUGGGGAUCACCUCCGCGGAUCGGCUUUUCUCUCGAGUUUCAUUUGUUCUUUUUCUUUCUGCUGAGGAAUGGCUCAGCGUGUCGAGGUUGCCGUAUGCUGGGGCAUCCUCAGUUUUCCGCGGGACUUGUCCUGUUCAAGUACACCUCGGCAAGUCGUCGUACGUUUGUGGAUUUCCUCUUCUUUUUUUUUUUUUUUUGCGGAAUUGGAUGAUGUCUAUUUUGUUCCGAAAGUACGCGUAACUUGUAGCUUUCCGCAUGUGCGCUGAGAGAAUUGUUCUUUUUUUUCUGGUUUCCAUUCAAUAGCUUUGCGCUGAACGGGAGACUAAUUUAGCGACCAAUAUUCGACGUUUUUCGGACAAUGUAUGAAUGGAUGCAUCGCUUUAUCGUAAAACGUUUACAAUGAGCGUCGUGAGGUUCUUGUGGUGGUAUUUGAUAAUAAUUUAUUCACUUGUCAAUGGGCUUUGAACGCUUUUGCGUGGGUAUCUGUGUAGAGAUCACUGGGCUGUUCCUACCGUAACUUAGCAUUCUUCCGAAUUUUGCGACCGAACAUGUUUCGACCGUGAUUUGAGUCCACUUUUUUGUUUCGCUGAAGGAACCGCUGUCGAUGUAAUUCCCGAGAAUGUUGUCAAAUUGCGGAUGGAAGUGACGGUUUGCGGGGGUUUUUCCUCGGCGAUAUCCGUUCGCUCGUGUUUCGAAGAGAUCCAAAUGGAAUUGAGCGUUCCGUGA